CGAACCGCUAUCGGAUACAACAGAACAUCACGUAAGUGUUCACAGGCGUCGGCAACAACAGAGCCAAAUAUUUGGCACAAAUCCUAACAACCCCCUUCCCGCACUACGUCGACGAAGAAACCCCGCCACCAUCGUCGAGAGGGCGACGACGACCGCGACGACGACGACAGUGACAUUACUUAGCACGCCGGGUGCCCGUAUGGCAACUGCCCCAGGACAGCAGCAGCCACCCAACACCCAACAGCCUCCUCCGUCAGGGCAACAACUUCCGUCUUCUCAGCCUGGUCAGAUUCCAGGUCUCCCUCCGUCUUCGACGUCGAGUGGAAAUCUACAAAAUGAUUCGAAUUCAACAUCACAACUGUCUUGGGAAGGAGAAAAGAUGUUCAACAUCUAUAUACUCGACUAUUGUCAUAAGAGGGGGUUCAAGAAGACGGCGAAGGAGUUAUCUCAGGAAGCAGAUUUACAACCAGACUCUCAACCACCGAUAAACGCAAGGCAGGGUCUCUUGUUCGAGUGGUGGAGUGUUUUUUGGGUCCUCUUUACGGCGAAGAAUAGCAAGACUGGUAACGACGAUGCAUUAAUUUACAUCGAGGUACUUCCCUUCUUCUCUUUCCCUUCAUGGCAACCAUCUUUUGAACUCUCGAUCGGCUUGAGAGAUAUUCGACGAGGCCAGUUCGCAAGUCACGGGCGGGUCUAGAAAGAUGUCGAACAUACAGGAUUUUGCGGUAUCUUGCUGGUCAAAUCGGAUACUAAAUCCGAUCGCCCCAAGGGCACCGAAACUUUUGAAUGAAGGCUUUGACGAUUACGGAAAUGACUUAUUCCCUUUGUCUGCACUUCCAAACAUCCUCGCAGUUCUUCAGUUUUCCUUUCGUUUUCUUAUUCAUGGUGUUCUUUUUAGCACCAAAACCAACAAGCGAACAUGCGUCUUGCUCGAAGUCAGCAACAGCAGCACCUUGACCAACGACCACCUCAGAUGGGUUUACCUGGACCGAAUGGUAUACAUAUGGGUCCAGGUCCGCAACCAGGAGGCCAACAACCAGGUUCGAUGAUAGGUCAACCUCCACUCGGAAGGAAUAACGGUCCACCACCCCGACUGAUGCCGAACGGUAUCGGCCCGCCUGGAUCGCAAACAGGUCCUCCAGGUAGUAUGACUGGUGCGAACGGAGGAGGCAGCCUUCCCAACCCAGGAGGAUUCCAACCAGGUGGACCCACCAUGAACGGCAUGCCACCGCAAGGCAGUGUUCCUCCUGGACAACAGAUGCCUGGAUUUGCAGGACGACCACAGCCUCCUAAUGCCCGGCCUGGGGGACCGAACGGUCAACAACCUCAACAGCCGUUCCAGAGUCCGACGAUGGCGCAUUCGCCUCCUGCUGGUGGUGGUCAAGGGCAUGGAGGACCCGGAGGACCUCAACCUUCUCAGCCUGGUCAAGGUCCAGGUCAAGGACAGGGACCUAUGUUGGGGCAAGGACCUGGACCUUCGCCUCAUAUGGGACCUCGACCUGGACAACCUGGACCGGGUGGAAUGUUACCACCACCCGGACAGCAAGGACCACAAGGUGGUGCUGGUGGUGGCGGUGGGCCUGCGCAGGCGUCAACGCCGAAUUCAGGAGGGAGUGGAUAUCCUAUGGGUGGUAUGGGGCGUAGUCCUAGUCGUGCAGGGGAAGGAGGACCUGGAGGGAUGAUGACGCAGCGUAGUAGUCCUUCGAUGGCUCCUCGACAAGUUGGAGGGCCUCAGGGUAUGGGUGGAAAUCCUAAUCCGAUGAUGACAGGUGGAAAUCCGAAUCCGAUGAUGGGAAUGAGUAUGGGAGGUGGGAUGGGAGGUGGUAUGCCGAGUGGUAUGGGUAUUGGAGGUAGUCCGAUGCUUGGCGGUAUGGGCGGUAUGGUUGGGAUGGGAGGCAUGAAUAUGAGUGGUCAUAUGAACAUGAUGAAUCUUGAUGCGGAGCUUCAGGCUAUACCACAUCAUCUUGUUGUCAAAGUGAAAUCGGAAGCGGGCGUUGAUGGGAAGGACUUGUUGACGAUGGAUGAGAAGCGCCGAGUUGUUAAUAUAUACCGUCAGCGAUACGCAGGAAAGCCAGGUGGCGGACCGCCUGGUUCUGGUGGAGGUAUGAGCGGAAUGGGAAUGCCUGGAGGACCUGGUCCGGGAAUGCCUCAUCCGAAUAGCGCAAAUCCUAAUCCACAAGGUCCUGGUCCCCAACCUGGCGGUCCUCAGCAAGGCCCUCCCGGACAGCGAUCGCGAGUUGGGGGGAAACGGAAUAGUGCAUCUGGUGAAGAGGCCGAUGGAAGCGCAGGCUCGUCCCCUCCAAACGCGAAACGACGUCGUCCGUCACCAAUGGAUGCGCAACAGUCGCCAUUGUCCGGUGCAGGAAACUAUUCGGGUCAACAACAAGGUCCUCAAGGCAAUAUAAUGGGAAGACCGCCGCAACAGCCUGGCAUGCCAAAUCCUGGCUACGGUGGGAUGAUACAACAGCAGCCUGGAAUGACUUCUUCCAGCCCUGCUCUAGGUGGGGUUGGUCUACAGGGUGGUGGUGGAAUGGGACCUGGAGGUGGAAUGCCCGGACCCGGGACAAUGCAAUACCGAAAUAUGCAAAUGCACACUCUCCAUCACCGUGGGAUGCCUCAAGCCCCAGGAAAUGCUGGAUCCCCAGCUGCCUCGUCAUCCACCGAGCCUUUCGGUGGUAGAAAAACGUCGCAAACUGGCAUGAUGCCUCCACCAUCACCAGGUAUGAAACCAGACGGCACGCCAAACUCUGGAGGAGCUGGUAACAAAGAUGGCGCGAAGCCUGAUGGGUCGCCGAGGGGAAAUCACAGUUCGAAUCCGACACCUGGAACGGCUUCGUCGACGCCAGUGUUGUCGCAAUCAGUUCCGCCACCUCCACCGUCUUCUGCACAGAGCCAGGGAUCGCAGCAACAUACACCGAAUGCGCAGGGUGUCGGUGGUCCAGGCGGGAUGCAAGGAGGGAUGGGCGGAUUGCCAGAUCCCAUCUUGGGAACUUCCCUGCAGAAUCCAUCCCAACAAAACCAUCAGCAACCGUUGACAGACAUGUUCCCAACCGAAUUCAUGAACAGCGUUGCAAGUCAGCUAGAAGACUUUGAUACUGGUUUGUUCAGACCGGACGGAGAUAUCAACUUUGAGCGGGACUUUGGGCAGUGGUUCAACCCGGACGAUACGCUGGAUGGCAUGAAGUGAGGUGGUGAUGUGAUCUGGUUUCUGGGACAGUUGCUUCUUGCUUCUUCUUUUUCUUCUUCGUCUUCGGAUUGGAUGGAAUCACGUCUUACAGUUUCAGUGGUGUUUGGUUUGGGAUGUGGUAUUGAUGUCGUCUGUCAGAACUUCCUGGUCCUCCUCAGGUUGGCUGCCCUAUCGCUGUCGCUCUCUGUUGUCGUUAUCGUUAUUUUUGUGUGGAUGAUUAUCGCAGGCUGUCUCUACUACCCUCCACCCCCUCGAUCCUUUUUUACCCCUCCUUAGUGUACCAUCGUUUGUUUGUUUUUUCGUUCUUUCUUCGUGUUCCAUUUCUUGUAUGUGUGUGUGUUAUUUAAGCGUUACCCUUACUUGCUUCACCAUUCUUUCUCCUUAUUCUUGUCAAAAGUAUGGUCUUAGUUUUUACCCCGACUUCCCCUCUAGUUUUGUUUUUGUCGAUGGGGGUAUUUGGAUACCUUUCCCUGUGUUAGUAAUUUAGUCACCCACUUGUCAUUAUUUAGAUUAUCUCUCUCUGCUUCUUACUCGCACCUGUACUACCCUAUUCCUAACAAACAUUCUUCCUCUGGC